GCGCGGCCGCUUGAGCCUUCCAGAAGGCCCCGCCCCGGCUCUGACGUCUGCGCGGGCGCGGGGGGCUGGGCGCGGCGGAAGCGGCGCUGGUGGAGCUGGACGCUUCGGACCCCGGACGGCGAGCGCCGCGCCCAGCGCCGGGGCCAUGGCCGAGUACGGGAGCCUCCUGCAGGAGCUGACCGACAACAUCACGGUGGAGGACCUGGAGCAACUCAAGUCCGCGUGCAAGGAGGACAUCCCGAGCGAGCGUAGCGAGGAGAUCACCACGGGCAGCGCCUGGUUCCGCUUCCUCGAGGCGCACAACAAGCUGGACAAAGACAACCUCUCCUACAUCGAGCACAUCUUCGAGAUAUCCCGCCGGCCUGACCUGCUCACCAUGGUGCUGGACUACAGGACCCGCGUUCUCAAGAUCUCGGCUGAGGAUGAGCUGGACACCAAGCUCACCCGCAUCCCCAGCGCCAAGAAGUAUAAAGACGUCAUCCGGCAGCCGUCCGAGGAGGACAUCAUCAAACUGGCCCCGCCGCCCAAGAAGGCUUGAGCCGGUGUGGCUGGCCGCGCUCACUAACAGCCCUAACCCCGUGCGUGUGCACGCGCGCGCCCUGGCUGUGUGUCUGUCUGUCUAGCUCACCUAGGUCCUCUGGUGACGGGGUGGGGGGCGGGGCGGGGGCGGGCAGGGCCCCUCGGCACCCUUCACUCCUGCUUAGACUGUUGUUGCACGUGCCAGCCCUGGAAGGGGAGGGGGGCGGGGGUCCUGCCCGCCCGGGGCCCCCUCAAGGCCCCCGCAGAAAGGAGGGCAGUGGACGAGUCUCCUUUGCACUGAUCCCCGCCCGCUCCCUCGCCCGACCGUGCUAACUGUGUGUACAUAUAUACUCGACAUAUAUGUAUAUUAAACCCGCACUGCCA